AGAGAGGCCUAAGUGGGCAAGCUGAGGCAGCAGAGACCAGCAGCAUGGUGAGAGGAUCUGCAUCUGACUGAGGCCGAGGCCAGGGGCAGAGCAGGUGACAGAAACCUUUAACUCUCUUCCAUAUGGCAGGAAUCUCUGGAUUUGUUCCUCCAAGCUGUGCUGUAGUGUUUCAGCACUCAAAAAGGCACAAGUGGGACCUGCGCGUCUCUUAGGAUUGCUUUGUUUGCAUCAGUUUUGUUCCAGAUCAGAAAUUGUGUGUCCUGCCAGCUGCCUAUGUGCUGAAUGAGUAGCUGCAGCCAGGGACAGAUUCUAGCUGAAAUGGAGUGUACUGUGCCUGAGUGCUGGAGCACUGGGUCGUAUUAGCAGAGACCUGCUCUGAAGUCCUUAUGUGUCACUAGGCUGUCAGGGAGCAAACUACAAGGUAAUAAUGUCUGACCUGAGCCAGAGCAACUGCAGAAGAAUACAGGUGUUACUCCAGGAUCGUAGGGCUUUAUAAGGAUGCAAAGGAUAGGGAAGAAAUGUGUCUUGUAGGUUCAAUAGGACUGCAACCAAACCCUUUUAGAACAGCUGGUAGUGUAACUGUGUGCUGAUUUUGUUUAAUUUUCCAUCCCCACAGGCCCUGAGCUCAGCCUGCUGAUAAACUAUGAUAUGGAGAUUCCUUUCUGUGGCACCAGGCCCUCGCAGUGCUGCAAACCCUUUUCAACAGGCAGUAUUUUGGAAUGGGGAAGGCAGGGAGAUUGCUCUCAGGCCCCUUGUGCAACCUGGAAGAGAUGAAAGUUCAGCCAGAUGGGCUCAAGUAUAGGGAGAUAAAUGCUGCACAAGGGCCUCCGCUGGUGCUAAUGCCUCACGGCACUGGUGGGUGAGGGGGGAAGCAGCUGCACCCGCUACCCAGGAGUUUUGGUGAGACAGAGCAACAACCACAGCCAUCCCCACUUCCUUCCUGGAGGUUUAUUUCUGUUUGGGGGAUUUUCCCCCAGCUCCAAGGGAGGAGCAGGGAGCAGCAGAGCCUGCAGGAAAGCUGGACAGAGAGGAGUUAACUCCAAACCCAACCUCAGGGAGAGGGAAAAAAAAAAAACAACAGAGAACUAUGGAUCAGCAGCAAGAGCAGAGGGAGGGAAAAAGGGGGAGUCAGAGAGAGAGGAGAGGAGCUCCAGAAGAAGAGAGAGCAGAGCUGGUGGUGGGCAGGGGGAGGCAGCGGAGCACCAGGCAGGAGUGACUGGGAUGACAGAGCUGCCCAGAUAAAGUCUUCUGUGGUCUGCAUCCUCCCGCUACCACUGCCGUGGACUGGAACAGAGGUCUCCCCCUAAGCGAGUGGCAAAGCUGCAGGCCCUUCCUCAAAAAGGUCCCUGCAGUGUGACAGGAAGAUGCCAGGGGAAUUGAACAUCUCUUCUGACAGCCCGGAGCUACGAGCAGCAGGGAUUAUUGUGCCCAUCAUCUUCUCCCUCAUCUUCCUUGUGGGUACUGUGGGAAAUGGGCUGGUGCUGGCUGUGCUGCUGUGGAAUGGCCAAGUCAAGUACUCCACCACCAACCUCUUCAUCCUCAACCUGGCUGUGGCUGACCUGUGCUUCAUCAUCUGCUGUGUCCCUUUCCAGGCCACCAUUUACACCCUGGAUGGGUGGCUCUUUGGGGCCUUUGCCUGCAAGGCCGUGCAUUUCCUGAUUUACCUCACCAUGUAUGCCAGCAGCUUUACCCUGGCUGCUGUCUCUGUUGACAGGUACUUGGCCAUUCGCUAUCCACUGAAGUCCCGGGAUCUCCGCACGUCCCAAAAUGCAGGAGUGGCCAUUGUGGUAAUCUGGUCACUGUCGCUGCUCUUCGCAGGGCCUUACCUCAGUUACUACCAGAUAAUCCAUUACCAUGGUGUGCCCAUCUGUGUCCCCAUCUGGGAGGACCAGCGCCGAAAGGUUCUGGACAUCCUCACAUUUGUAUUUGGAUACCUGCUGCCUGUGACCGUGGUGAGCCUGGCAUACUCUAGGACCAUCAAGUUCUUGUGGACUUCUGUAGACCCCAUAGAAAGAAUCUCAGAGUCUCGGAAAGCCAAGCGUAAGGUCACCAAGAUGAUUGUCACAGUAGCCAUCCUGUUCUGCCUCUGCUGGCUGCCCCACCACCUGGUCAUCCUCUGCUUCUGGUUUGGCCACUUUCCCUUCAACCGGGCCACUUACGCUUUCCGCCUGGCUUCCCACUGCCUUUCCUACACCAACUCCUGCCUCAACCCCAUUGUCUACGCCCUUAUCUCCAAGCAUUUCCGCAAACAUUUCAAGCAGGCCUUCACCUGCCUCUUCUUCCAGAACAAGAUCAGGAAAAAGAAGAAGAGGGUUGAAAGGAAAGUCCGUAUGGUCAACGUGGAAAGAGGUUUUCCCAACAGGACAGAUUUCUAUGGAGGCAACAGUGAGGUGACCCAAACCCCAGAGGAGAACACCAGGAAGAGGGACCAUGAGGGUGCCAGUCAUGCCAGAGCAUGGACUCAGCAGGUACAAGGUGCCAUGGUCUCUGUUCAGAAGGAGAUACUGGAGGAGGAAAUUUUGGCAACAGCUGGCCAUUCCCUAGAUGUGACUCCUCUAAGAGGAACUGUUGGACAAGACCAAGAAGAAGCCCUAGAAAAGGGCUAGAGAGGCAAGAAAGAAGUCUAUAUUGGCAUCACAUUUUCUGACCACAUCACAGUGGUUUUGCUUUCCUCCAGGAUCAUCAUGCCCAUGCCUUAUCCCCACUGAGAUGGUUUUAUGUUGGCAGUGAGAGAUGAGCUCACUCAGACCCAUUAAACUGAGUUCAAGUCCCCCAGAACUCCUCAAGCACCUCCUCCAUGAUCCUGUAGUCAUGUCUGAGAUCUGCCAUCAUCCCAACUCUAUAUUCACAGUAAACUUUAAGCGACUGCAACAGUCGUCCUUUUCUUUAAUUAUGUAUGGUGUUUUAUUAGUGCUGUGUGGAUCCUGAAUAUGUAACCCUUAAUGUGAGGCAGAUUUGCACCUGUAAUUUCUU